ACAGAAAAAAACAUCCCUGCUGAGACCAUGAUUAAAUCUUGUUUACCUGCCUGCUGAUCCAAGGUGAAACAGUAAUCGAGGUACUUAACUGAAAAUUAUUCUGUGGCUGCUACAGCACCUUUUUAAUGAACUCAGGAAAUACCAGCUUCUACCCCAUGCUUCUUAUAUAUAGGGGUAAAAUAUUAAAGAUGUAUGCAUACUAUGAAAAAAAGCUAUCAUGAGUAUACAUGUUCCAGUCGGGAAUGGGCCUGCGCAGUCGGGUGGAUGAGGGCUUCCUGCCUGCGCAGGCACCUGUUGUGUCUCUUCACAGUGGGGCAUACACGGCAGCCAUGUUCCAGUCGGGGAUGGGCCUGCGCAGUCGGGUGGAUGAGGGCUUCCUGCCUGCGCAGCCACCUGUUGUGUCUCUUCACAGUGGGGCAUACGCAGCAGCCAUGUUCCAGUCGGGGAUGGGCCUGCGCAGUCGGGUGGAUGAGGGCCUCCUGCCUGCGCAGUCACCUGUUGUGUCUCUUCACAGUGGGGCAUACGCGGCAGCCAUGUUCCAGUCGGGGAUGGGCCUGCACCUGCAGCUGAUGAAGGAGGAAGCAGAGCAGCUGCAACCAUGGUGUCGUCGUCCAGCACCCGGCACCUUCGCCUGGACACCCAUGUACCCUCAACCCCCUCCCAGCAGGGACCUGGCUGGACAGUGCCGCCCCCCCCGGCGCCCUCAGCCCCAGGCCCCCUGGACGGUCCAGGGACACCUGGAGAGCCCCAAGUACAGCCUGCAGCCCUCGCAGGCCCAGCAGCUGAAGCAGUACCUGGCCCUGGGCUCCAAGCUUGCUGGCUGUGGCCCUCUGGAGCCUGUCUCACACUCCCACCAGGGGCAACUCCCGGUACCCAUACCCAUCAUCCACAGCGGGCACCCGGCACUCCCCAGCACUGGAAGCCCCCCGGACAGCCCUGCUACUCUAAUGCCCAUCGCCUGCAGUGCCAAAGACAGUGAGUUCCCGAUGGAUGAAGUCAUUGACGACUUAAUUAGCCUGGAAUCCACUUUCAGUAAUGAGGGUUUGGGAUGUAUGGAUACUCACCUCACAAUGCAAAACAAUGGAUCCCACAGCAACAGCAUGAUGGACGUGUAUGGCACUGAGCAAGAACAUGACACAAGAGUUUUGGCCAAAGAAAGACAAAAGAAGGACAACCAUAACUUAAUUGAAAGGAGAAGAAGGUACAACAUCAACUACAGGAUCAAGGAGCUUGGGACACUGAUACCGAAGUCGAAUGACCCCGACAUGCGUUGGAACAAGGGCACCAUACUCAAGGCCUCGGUGGAGUACAUCAAGUGGCUGCAGAAGGAGCAGCAGCACGGGCGCGAGUUGGAGGGGCGGCAGAGGAGACUGGAACAGGCCAAUCGGAGGCUGCUGCUCAGGAUCCAGGAGCUGGAGAUCCAGGCUCGAGCACAUGGCCUCCCCAGCAUGGCCCCUUCCCUGGGUUCCACUGAGUCACCCUCUCACCUCCUCAAGCUUCAGCAGAUGCCUCAUGCACAGCAGGCUGUGUACCAAGAGGACCUGAGUGGGGACUACGCAGAGAGCCCCAUCGCCCCCCCCACGGGCCACACGGAGCACGGCGGCACAGUCGUCGCCUUUUCGGAUCCCCUGUCUCACUUCACAGACUUCUUUAAUGGAACUCUUAAAGAGGAGAGUCGACUGGACCACAUCCUGCCAGGAGGCUCACUGUCGCCCUUUGACGCUGACCCGCUCCUCUCAGCCACAUCGCCCCCUGCCUCCAAGGGGAGUAGCCGCAGGAGCAGCUUCAGCACAGACGAUGGCGACGACCUCUGACCCCCCGCCACCAAGCGGCACUCGGCCAGUCCUGAAAAUGACUCUUUUUGAUGUUUCUUCGUUAUCCCCAUCCACCACAAGGGGGCCUUCUACCAUGAACAACAAGCAGCAAACUUACUAAAAGGGAGGGGCACUAUCGCACUCAAAUGCCGCGGCAGUGUUUUUAAAUUAACCAUUGCUUAAUUGGUCAGCACUAUUUCAGUGAUAAAUAGCGUCGUAAGAAGCACUCAAACUGCAAACAGGAGCUAAACUGUCUCGCCGAGUCAGUGAUGCUAAUUCCAGGUUAUGCAGGUUAUGAAGGCUGAAAUCAUACACACUUUCGCGUGUUGAAUAUGACUUUUCAUCUUUUGUUCAUUGUUUGUUACGAUCAUUUGAUUGUCUUCUAUAGAUUGUAAUUAUCAAGCUUUUAUACUGUAUGCAACAUUACAAUUAUUUUUUUUAUGUGUUGGGUGGGGAAAAUAAACAAAAUAACAUCCCAUCAA